GUCGGACCACCGUCACCCUGGUGUCUGUAGACUGUGAUUACCUUCUCCCACCACUGGUCUGUCCCAAGUACUGCAACUUCAUUUGCAUGCAGCUCUUGCAUGAAAGCCUUUGCUGUUUCAUAUCCCUCAGAGCUCACAGGGACCGUCGUUGGUUGUGAACGCGAAGACCGAUAUCUAGUCGGACGAAGCACUCGAGCAGGACUCGGAUCCAACACUUCGGUUACAUUUCAAUUCAAGUACUUCAACGACCUCAUGGAGCGGGGAGAAUCAUUAAUGACUUCUCGCGAUGGCGACUUCUACUGAGGCGGACCAGUCUGUGCAAAAGUGACAUCCAUCCUUGCUGGGAGUAUCAGCGUCGCAUUCACCAGCUUCAUCGCUCUCGCAUUCGCCGCCUGUGCCUCCGCACUCACAGUCUCCACACCUACAAGUGCAAGUGCUGUUCACCCUGUCGCGAUUGCAUGGGAAAGGACCAGUGUCAAUGACUCUGAAAGCUUCACCUUCAUGUGAUCCGAAAAACUCCACGUCGCUGUUAUAUCCUCCUCUGCACUGUCACCAAUAUCGUCUUCAAACCACCGAAAGCCCUCCACUAGUUUACGCUGCCAUAGCGUCACGACUUCAUGUACGAGUUUCUCAGUGGGGGCUACCAAAUGCCACGAGUAAAUGCAUGCUUUCAUAAAUUCGAACACCUCGCCCUGUAAAUUGUAACCAUCAUCCUGCGAUGAGGGAGGGAGGGACACUGCUAAUGCGAUGACAAAAUUGGGCGACAGGGGUAGUCUGGGGCGGGUCCCUCGGUAUGGCUGUCUCGGUAGUCUGGGCGAUCCGGGUUUGAGUUCGGGACGGUUCCUACCCAAGUGCACAUGCGUGUGUGCGACGGUUAGGCAACUUUUGAGUACUACGUUUGUCUACCAUUUGUGGUAAUGUAAUAUACUGUAACUAUGUCCGUUGGACUUGAUCUCGCCUCACAAGUUGCAUAAAUAUUCCUUAGCUCCUUGACAUGACAUGUUAAAUAAAAAAAUUCAGGAUUUUCGUUGUGACUAGAAGCCAGCGCACCGUUGGCCAUUUCUUCCCACGACAGACGCGCUUUUUAAACAUUUUCCUCAUCUAUUUUCCAUUAUAAAAAGACCUCUUCCAGUCGGCUCUAACAAUGGGGCCACACGGCAAAGCAAGGUCUCUUCUUCGUUUCGGUCGACCCCCUCCCAUCACCAAACCCCUCCGAAUCAACCUCCGUACAAAACUCCCCCAACCUCCCGUAAAAAUCGUCACCCGAGAAUUUGCACCAUGUCGACUAGAAGACCAUUACCACACCACCCUCCAAGAGGACGUGAUGUACAUGACUUACAUCCACGAACUCGGUCCACGUCCACCACCAAGAGAUAUCCGACUCAAAUACGACCCAGAAAAUCCCUAUUCCAAAUACCGACAUAAUCCUCAAGUUGGUGGAUCUCAAAUGGGUAGGAAACCACCCCCACCGUCCAGUCCCGAAACCGUCACUCGGCUGGAAGCGAUCCAGAUUCAUACAAUGGCCAAAGACGCGUUACAGAAUCGAAGUAGCCUGUUGGGCGUAAUAAUGGCUUUACGAGCCCUCACCGGAGAAACCAGCCAGGGUGGCGGCCAGCACGCAGUACGAGGCGUCGAAAUUAUACGAGGCAAAAAAGCAGUCGGGGGGUGGAUAAGACCUGGAGCUCCCGUCGGCGCAAAAGUGACAUUAAAAGGACAGAGCAUGUACGAUUUCUUAGGAACGCUCAUCGAAUUUGUACUACCCCGACUUCGAGAGUUCGACGGCGUCAUGUUACCCCCUCCAUCUGCGAACGUCCGAACACCCUCUGCCGUUUCCGGAGUCGUUUCGUUUGGACUUUCACCGACCGCGAUGGGGUUUUUCCCGCAGAUAGAGGUUAAUAUGGAUGCGUAUCCGAGGCUAUACGGGUUCCAUUUACAUUUUAUUACGAACGCUACGGGUGUUGGGGCCCAGGAUCGUGCGAGAGCGUUGGUUUCCGGUUUCCAGAUACCAUUUGUUCGUAAUGCGAACCUAUGA